CCCCCUUUUUGCUUACAUUUGUCCCGUCCUCUAGAACUGUAAAUUAUACCCAGAACUUCGUAAUGAGCCCGUACCAACCACCACCGCUAGACAGCUAUGGCGACGUACCACCUAUGCAGUACAUGAACACCAAGCCACGGCGACCCUCUGGCGGCUUUGCGCCGCGUGGCCCGCGACCAGCACCACCAGAUAUGUUUGGCGGACCGAUAGUGAACACGUUCGGGCCCGGCGAAGGUCUGGAUGCACCAGGUGCCGACGCACAGCUAGAUCGACGCAGCUCACUCAGCGACCGUCCCGUGACAGCAUUCGUCGGCAACAUCACGGGCGGCGUCACUGAUGAGUGGGUCGAAAAGGUACUGGGGGCGUGUGGGACUGUCACGAGCUGGAAACGCGUGUAUGACGCUGACGGCAAGCCGCAAAAAUUCGGGUUCUGCGAAUUCGCCACGCCGAGGGAUGCUAUGUGUGCACUGCUGGUGCUUGGCGAGGAAAAGUGCGAGCUGCCGGGAACCGAGCCCCGGAAGCUAGCGGUCACUGUCGAUGCGAACAUGCAGAGGACAUUGGACAUGCACCGCGAUCGGCUUGUUUCGAUUGAGGCCGGCAGCGACAGUGAUCAAAAGACCGCAGUACACGCAGCGAAAGAGGCGGUGGAGAAGGUCAAAGAGGAGAUGAAAGACCAAGCACCGGCUGAGGCUGGUGAGGGCACGGAAGAGAUUAAAGGCAAGCAACCGACAGGCCAGUCCACUCCUGAGCAGGCCUCCAGUUCAUCUGACAAAAAGACACAGUCGAAAUCAGCGACCCGCAGUGUGUCGCGCGCUCGUCCCACUGACCACGAGUCGAUCAGCCUUGAGGACGAAGAGGCUUGGGAGAAGCAGCAAGCAGAGGCGCACAGGAAACGGCUGUACCUGGACGAUGUUGCUGAGCGUGAAAACCGGUUGGCCCGUGACGAAGCAGACCGUGCAAGGCACAUUGAGAAGCUGCUGCUGCGCGAUCUGGACCGCAUCGAGGAGCGCGGAAGGGCGCGUGACACUAUGAUGAUGCGGUUUGCGGCCUGGGACGACGACGCAGAGGCGCGCAUGGGCGAUCAUGAGUACUACAGGGAUCGCGAGCGCUGGUGGCAUCACCGCAAAGCAGUGAGGGAGCGUGAGAUCGAGUUGGAUGUGGCAGAUAGGAGACAGCAGAGACACGAAGAAGAGAGGCUGGCCGAGGAGGCGCGAAAGAAGCAGCAGCAGGGACAGCAGCAAACCCCUAGGCGCUCACCUGCUGAGAAGCCCGAUCCGCGGCGCACCAAGAUUGAGCAACUGAUUGCCGAGAUACCCUCAGAGCCUGACGCGCUGUUCGCAUGGCCCAUCAAGUGGGACCAUGUCGAUGAAGAGCUGGUGCAUGGGAAGAUCGAGCCGGCCACACGCAAGCGGUUGGUCGAGUACCUGGGCGAGGAUGAGGAGGACUCCUCGCUAGACGAGCUCUCGAAAUUCGUUGCUGACCAUAUGCUGGCACACAAGCCACCGCACGGCUUGGUUGAGGAGCUGGCGGCUAUCCUGGACGAUGAGGCAUCGACGUUUGUUGCGCGCAUCUGGCGCGUUGUUGUCUAUGAGUCGGAGGCACAUGCAAGAGACAUAAACUAGAAUUAGCCGUAUAUUGAACUUUUAAAAAUGAAUUGCUGCCAUUCUGC